AUGGCUUCAGUUUUCCAGAUGUUUGAAAUAGAAGACAGAAAGUUAUCCCAACAUCUAUUGUUUACUCUACUGAACCAAAAUCUGAGUCAUCCUUUGUGGGAAGACAGAAUUAAACUUAGCACAAGUCUUGCAUUCCAUCUUGAACCAAACUACUGCACCAUAAUACAUGCAAAGGGAUUACAUGCUCUACUUGCUGAGGAAAUGGCUUAUUUCAGCCCAAGUUUACUUACAUCCAUUGCCAAAUCAAGAGGAACAUGCUGUUUCACACAUAGCAAUUUAUGGACUUCAGUUGUGGUUCUCCAGGUCCGUGAUUUUCAUUCAUACAGACUAUAUCCCAGAGAUAGAGGACUUGGGAGGAUCUGCCCUCUUCUCUCCUGCAGUUUACCACACUUACACUCUCCUUUCAUACCUGUGUGCAAAUACCACAUGUCAGUUCGGUGUUCUCAAGUGAAUAAAGAAUCUUCCGAUAAAAAAGAACAAAAGCCAGAGCCUGAGACAGAAGAUUCACUUUCCCGGACAACUCAGACAGUUGUUGUGAAGCAAACCUGGAAGCAGAAAAUUCUAAGUGAACUGAAACACUACUACAACGGAUUCCGAUUACUUUGGAUUGACACAAAGGUGGCACUGAGGAUCCUGUCAAGAUUAUUUGUUGGACACCGGCUUACCCGUAGAGAGAGGCGAAGGCUUAUACGAACAUGUGUUGACCUCUUUCGCUUAGUUCCAUUCAUGAUCUUUCUGAUUGUGCCAUUUAUGGAAUUUCUGCUGCCCGUUGUUCUGAAAUUGUUUCCUGGGAUGCUGCCAUCUACAUUUGAGACAAAAAUGUCAAAGGAAGAAAAUCAGAGAAAUACCUUGGCAGCAAAACUUGAGGUUGCAAAAUUUCUCCAGGAAACUAUUGCAGAAAUGGCUAAAAGAAAUAAAGCAAAGGGCGCAGAGGCAACCAAACAGUUUUCUUCCUACGUACAGAAGGUGCGUCGCUCAGGAGAAAGUCCAAGCACAAAGGACAUAGUGCGUUUCUCCAAGCACUUUGAAGAUGAAUUGACACUGGAGCACCUGACCCGUCCUCAGCUGGUGGCACUGUGCAGGCUUUUGGAACUCCAGCCUUUUGGUACAAACAACCUGCUUCGCUUCCAGCUUCAGAUGGAACUAAGAUCCAUAAAAGCGGAUGAUGAAAUGAUUGCUGAAGAAGGAUGUGAAUUUUUGACUGUACCAGAACUACAGGCAGCAUGCAGAGCAAGGGGAAUGAGAUCAUUAGGAUUAACAGAGAAACAGCUCCAAGAUCAGCUCACACAGUGGCUUCAGUUGCAUCUGAAGGAAAAUGUGCCUCCAUCAUUGCUGCUGUUGUCUCGUGCCAUGUACCUGACUGAUAUCAAACCAAAAACUGUUAUUCAGAAAGUGCCAAAAGUUGAGCUGGGUAUUACUGGCACCCUGAAGAAAGAACCAGAGAAACAAACCACCACUGAACCAUCAACCUUGCCAUCAUCGGAUGCAUUGUCUGACUUGACACCAACACUGAAAAGCAUGAAGUCUGCAGAUGGACAAGUGUCCCAAAAAACUAAGGCCUCUGCAAACGGUUCAGGAUAAACAAAGUCAGAAGAACUGGAGAAAUGGACAACCUCCUCAUACCAGAGUACCUCUCAUCUCAGUUGAUUAGAACAACUCCACCAAAGGGACACUGUUGAGGACUGAUUAUACCAUUGUGGUUAUCAAUACUUCUAUCAUGUACUUAGGGUUCAAUCACUUUGCGGAUGGCCUGGUAACGUGCACUCAAAUGCUGCAACCAAAGAGCACUCAUUUAAAUGAGGAAAGGUAAUGUGGUCAAGACAAUACUCUAGAUGUAGACGACUGGUUUGUUUUACUUGAUGCAGGACAAUGACACUUGACUGCAAACAGGGAAAACUACUUCUUCAUUGCACAACCACACCAUGUACAAAACAGUGUUAUUAUUCUGAAAUAUGUAUGGCAGCAGUACAGGGAAAAACACAAAACUACACAGCCUGUACAAUUUCUAGUUGAUUUUCUCCUGUGACCUAU